CCCGCCACCAAACCAAACUGAACGCGCGCCUGCUACGGCGUAGACGUGCUGCGCGGAGUUGUGCUACGAGCGCUCACAGAAAGUUUCGCUCUGGAAUUACUUCACUUCGAUCACCACCAGCCAUCAUGAGGAGCUGUUCCCGGAGCGUGGCAGUCUUGGCGGCGUUAUGGUUGGUCGCCGGUGCUGCAUCCACGCCAGUCAGGCGCUCCCCGGAUCUAGAAGCUAGGCGAAGAAGCGCCAUAGAUCGCAGCAUGAUUAGGUUCGGAAGAUCGUAUCCCCCAGAGAUCACAGCAGCUGAUAUCCGAGAAGGUCUCCAGCGUCCGGCUCGCCGAGGUAACAGCUUCCUUCGCUUCGGCAGAUCCCAACCCAUGUCCUUGAGCACUGAUGACCUCGUAUCUCUCCUAAAAACUUAUGAAGACGAUUACGACAAUGCCAAAAGAUCAGCUAGCUUCAUCAGACUCGGACGUAACCCCAGCUUCAUAAGGCUCGGCAGAUCACCCGACGAAGAGAAGAGUGGUUAUGAACAAAGUUCGGAACUCGUUGUCAGUGGAUACCCUCAAAGGAAAUCGAGAGCACGCGACCAUUUUAUCAGACUCGGUAGAGACAGUGAAGAAUUAAAUGACCGUAAUGAGUAUGAGGAAGACGUUAAUGAAAGAACGAAGAGGUCCGCCGAAGUGUGUGAUGAUUGUCAAGCGUAACUUGUGAUUCCCAAACUAUAUAUUGAUGAUAAUUUCUUCUGUUUAACAUAAUUCUUUCAUAUAAAGGCAUUGUGUUCGAUAGGAGAUAUCAGUUCUUAAGAUACGACCCCUUCAUCCUGUUAAUAUUGUUCAUGAAAUAUUUGCAUUUACAAGGAACACAAUAAUAAAAUACAAAUCAUUGAUUUGUUUAUUUUUAAACAAAAAAUAUAUAUAAUUUCAUUACAACUAAAUGUAUAAUUUUAAAUUGUUACUCAUUCUGUAACAUAAAGAAUAAUAAUUACAAAAAAUAUGCAUUAAAAUACGAAUAAUUUUUACUUAUAAUUUGUUAAACUUAAUUGUUUAGAAGUUUGUUUAAAUUGUUUUAUAAUGUCACAUAAUAAUUGUUGAAUUAAAUUGUUUACAUCAAUAAAUCAUAUCGAUAUUACCAUGCUUGAUUAUAAUAAUUGUUUAUAAUACAUUGAAUUAUUGAUUAUUUUAAUUUAAUUUAAAUUCCCACGUAACUAAGUACUAAUAUUUUAAAUGAUAAUUCUAAUGUUUAUUUUUUGUUCAUUACUAUUAUGUCCCUUGUAAUGUUAAUUCAACUUUUAACAUUUCUAUCGUUUUAACGAAACGUCUAACGAUCUUCUAAUGAGGCUAAGUACGUGGUGCAAUGAUGUAUAUGAAUUUUAAAUUAAUACGUACAACAAAAUAUAUUUACUUUACAAUAACAAAAUAGUGAUAUAAUUCUAGAAAAAAAAAAUGUUUUAACAUAGAGUAUAUUAUUAUAUAUUUUAAUUUAAUAUUCUAUAUCGCAUUAUUAAAGAAGUAAAGCGAGAUACGCUUAUGUUAUAUUUGAAAUUAUAUUAAUUAUAAUUACAGGUAUUAUUAUUUUAUGUCUCUGUAUAGUCGGCAUCUGUAUUAAUUUAGUUUAUAUUGAAGUAUUUACCUACAUAAUUGAUGGUUUGUGUACAUACUGUUUCUCAUUAGAUUGAUAAUUGUGAAUAAAAUUGAAUAUUCAUAUUUAAUGUUAAUCCAUUAACCCCAGUCUUACUUAUAAACAUUGAAUAAAUGUAUUUAUUCCUUAAUAUGUUUGUAGAUUUUAUUCUUUAUUGCUUAAGGAUGAAAUUAGUAAUUUAUUAAUGAGUACUGCAAUUUUUAUAAGUAAGAAUAGGGCUGGUGUCACCGCCUGAAUUACAAACACCGGUCGAAAAGUUAAAAUAAUGAGUUUUGUUACAAAAACCGGUUCUUUUUUCUAAGAAAAUUAAGAAUUACAUCAGGAAAAAAAAUACCUUCUUAUUUUCCACUCCACUUGGGUUUUCUUCGCACAAAUAUUUUAAAAACCGCUGGCCAAACUAGAACAAGGAAAUUGGGAUGGAUGGCAGCCCUAUGUAAAGGGGUGAAUGGGGUAAAUGUUUUUAAUUUUCUUUUACACACUGAUACCGUAAAUGAUUAAUCGGUUUCUAAAUCUAUAAUCGUUAACUUUUUGAUUCUAAACUGCCUCAGUUUUAUAUUAUGACACGUAAUUUAAAUAAAUUAUGGCGGACUGAAAAAUUUUAUUCAUUUUAUUAUAAUGAAAAAUCUAUUAUAAAUAUUACAGAGUUUAUAUCAUUAUAAUAUCAUAUGAUUUUUUGCCGCAUAAUUAUAUUUCUGUUAUGCCAUAGAAAAGAAUGCAAUAUAGCAUUAAGUCUGCCUUUUGUGAUGGAUAUUUUUUGUGAUGUGGUCAAUAAACAAUAAAUAAGUAAAAUAUAUUUUUUUUUUAAAUACUGAAUAUUCUAAAUAUCUAGAUAGAUAUUAAUUUAUAAUUUGACAGCAAUUAUAAACUUGAUAACAAUUUACUGAUCUCAAAUUGUCACAGAAAUAUUAUUAAAAUUAUAUUUUUCUUUAUUUAAGUAUACAGUACUUAAGAUUAAUACCUAAAUAUAUUGUAUAUUUUUCAACUUAACUGAAUUUAGUAUUUUAAUGCAUUUACCAUUACAAUUAAUACUCAGCUUAAUAUAAUAAUAUGCAUGAUAGAAAUAAUAGAAUAUGCAUUGACAAGCAUAAACUGCUUGUUUAUCUAUUUACGCCUAUAUAUCGAUUCUGUUACAAGAGUCAUCGUUAUUUCAUAAUUGGUGAAAUAUGGAUUAUGACUUAAGGUUAUACUUAUAUUUUUACAUAUAUUUUCCACCUUUUUCUCAGAUGUAUUUUUUUAAUGUUUGUAAAUACAUAAUUCCGUCAAUUCUAAAAGAAUUGGGGAAAUUCUUUUUGUAUCUAAGAGAAUAUCUUUACAGAUUAGUGUCAUUGAAAUUUCAUCAAAACCGGUAUAGGACAUUAUAUCUAAUUAAUUAAAAAAAAGACAGAGUCCAUUGCAACGGGAAACCAACGAAGAAAAAAGAAAUAAAAGAAACAGUGUCCAUUGCAACGGGGCCACCUGUCCCCGCAACUAAGAAUGCUCUCCUCCACUAUUAUAUUUAGCUGUGAUCACAAAGUUAACGAUUUUAGCAUUAGAAACGCCAUUAUGUCUUAAGGCUGUUACUUGUUUGUUUUUACUAGCACACACGUAAGAAAGAACAAGACACAAGACACUGUUGUCUCGUUCUAUCUCGCGAUAUCUAUGGAUAUUAUCUUAUCUAUGGGGUCUUAAAUGAAAACAUGUGGUAAUUUAAUUUCAAAUUCACACCCAAUUAAAAUAAAAGUGUUUGAAACAACUGUAAGGCUGGGUAUUAUGGUUGUUUCGACAACUACGACCACUUUGACUCAUGAUUUGUCUUAGUGUUAAAUUCAUUGUGUAGGUAAAGUAUUAAACGAAUCGAUGGUGACAAAAUAUAGUUAUAUAAUGUAUUUACGUUGUUGCAAUACUAAAUAAAAGGCAUUAUUGUGUAUCUAUAUUAAAUGACAUAGUUAUUACAUGAUUCUUUUUAUUUAUUAUUUGAAAAUAAAUAAGAAUUACGUUUA